GGCCAAGCGUGAAAACUGUGGUCUGGCCGGGUAGUGUUGGGGCGGAGGUGGGGGCACACUGGGCCCGGCCCCAACACCCUCGCUCUUGCAUGCCCCGCUUUCCAACAUCGAAUCUAAGCGGGGCGGGCGGUGUCGCGAGCGUGAUGUCAUCGCGAGGCGUCGCGCGCGUCUGGAGGGAGCUCUGACCUCUCGGCGUGGGAAGCUGCGCGGAGAUGCUGCAGCUAGUUCGGGCAGGGGCGCGGGGCUGGCUGCGGCGGCCCGGCUGUCGGAGCCUGAACGCACUGGCGGAAGAGGCCGUGCAGCCGGCGGAGAAGCCAGAGCCGGUGGCGAGCGCGGUUCCCCAGGCGCCUGUGCUGCGCAGGUGCGAGCUCCCGGUAUCUCCCCACCGGCGUCCGGUACAAGCCUGGAUAGAGUCCCUGCGGGGCUACGAGCAAGAGCGCGUGGGUCUAGCUGAGCUGCACCCCGAAGUUUUCUCUACAGCGCCCAGGCUGGAUAUCCUGCACCAGGUUGCCAUCUGGCAGAAGAACUUCAAGAGAAUUAGCUAUGCCAAGACCAAGACUAGGGCCGAGGUGCAGGGUGGUGGCCGGAAGCCCUGGCCGCAGAAAGGUAGUGGGCGUGCGAGACAUGGCAGCAUCCGCUCCCCGAUCUGGCGAGGAGGAGGCGUUGCCCACGGCCCCCGGGGCCCCACGAGCUACUACUACAUGCUGCCCAUGAAAAUGCGGGUGCAGGGGCUCAAGGUGGCGCUGACCGUCAAGCUGGCCCAGGACGACCUGCACAUCGUGGACUCCCUGGAGCUGCCAACCGCAGACCCCCAGUACCUGACAGAACUGGCCCACUACCGCCGCUGGGGGGACUCCGUGCUCCUCGUGGACCUAGCACAUGAGGACAUGCCUCAGAAUGUUGUGGCCGCCACCUCCAAACUCAAGACCUUCACCCUGGUCCCAGCUGUGGGCCUGAAUGUGCACAGCAUGCUGAAGCACCAGACACUGGUCCUGACCCUGCAGACCGUGGCCUUCCUGGAGGAGAAGCUGCUCUGGCAAGACUCGCGCUACACUCCCCUCUACCCCUUCCGCCUGCCCUACCGCGACCUCCCCUGAGCCCCCACCCUUGCACCCCAGGGCCCAUCGGCCGCCCGCCUUCCUGCACUGUUCAUGCCAGUUGCCUGCUGCAAGCCAGGCCAAGCCCUUGGCAGGCUCGGGAGCCUCACAACCACCCCAUGAGGGUGGCGCUGCCCAGACUCCCCAUCCCAGUAAGAAGCUGAGGCCACACAGUGAACCCAGCAGGCACCACUGCCAGGAAGGGGGUAGCCUGGCAGAGAGCCCACCCAAGGUCCUGCUCCAGUUCUCUCCUUUUCGUUUGUAAGGUGAAUUUUAUAUUUUAAUUAAAAAGGAGAAGCAGGACACUAGUUGCCAUUUUGUGAAUAAUUCCAAUUGGCAAGUUGGGCUCUUUCCGUGGUGCCAGGCACGUCUCUUUUCAAGGGGAGGCCUUGGUGCUGUUUUUAGAAGAGGCCCAGACUCACCUUUUGUGGGCAAGUCAGACCCUGGGCACAUGCAGAGGAAUGCCUGUGUAUGCCACCGUCUCUGGGGCCUCACUCCUGGGCCUCCCUGCUCCCGGGCAUUCACCCCCUGGGCGGGAUUUGUGGUCCUGUUGGUUGUGGUCCUUUGGUCCAGGAAUGCGGGCUUGAUUCCACAAGUAGGUAUGAGGUGCAAAACUGUGCUCGUCAUGGUAAUCACCCCUAAGUACAGAGUCAGGAUCCACGUGGCCAAUAAGUGAGCAAAUAAACGCAUUCUUAAAAAACA